GGAAGAUCUAAAAGAGACAGACACACAGUGAUGUCCAGAGACACCCUGUUUGGGAUCCUCCUCGCCAUUCAGACUGGUACUGGUUUCCUGGGGAACUCCUUGCUGUUUGCUUUAUACAUGCACACCUUCUUCGCUCUGCCCCACAAGAAGAAGCCUGCUGAUGGGAUCCUUGCCCACUUAACUUUGGCUAACGCCCUGACCCUCCUAUUCAGAGGAGUUCCAAGUAUAAUUAGUUCCUUUGGAAUGAAGCCCGAUAUAGGCGACACUGGGUGUAAAGUAGUUCUCUACAUCAGAGUUACCCGGAGUAUUUCUCUGUACACAACCUCCCUCCAGAGCACAUUCCAGGUGGUGACCAUUGCUCUCAGUGGUCGUAAAUGGACCUGGCUGAAGAACAACAUCUCUACACUCAUUCAACCCUCCAUAUUUUCUUGCUGGGUCAUCAGCAUGGUCAUCUAUUCUCAGAUUAUCUUAAAAGUUGUGGCCAACAGGAAUACCACUGACAUUACAUCUGGGUAUUAUAGUUCCUUUUGCAAGGUCAGUACAUAUGAUCACCAGGUGGCCAUGAUAUUUCUCAGUACAGUGCUCAUUCAGGAUGUGUUCUUUCUCUCCCUAAUGGUGUGCAGUAGCGUCUACAUGGUGACCGUUCUUUCCAGACACCACAAAAUAGCUCGGCUCGUCCGCAGUAGCGUCGACUCCUCACGAAGCUCUCCAGAACACAGAGCCACCCACCUCAUCCUCAUGCUAGUGUGCUGUUACCCGACCAUCUGUCCUUUUGUACUAAUGAAAAAUGAGAAGAGAAUUUCCAGAGUGAAUUUCAUGAAUAGAAGGACCAGAAAUUUCUUUUGUCAAAGCAACCGAGACUUUGCAGAGCGAUGA